AUGGAGUCUGCUAUAGCUGGACGUAGGCGGACAACCGCACGACAUUCAGCAGAAGAUCAGGCUCUGGAUCAGAUAGCCAAGGAGGUAUGGCUCGAUUAUUUUAUGAGAGUAUGGCUCGAUUAUUUCACAAGAUGAUACUUGUCAAAGAAAAAUAAAAAAAAAGCCAACAUCAAGAAUUUCAAAUUUAUUGUAUUGUGUAAAAACUGACAAGUAACGGUAUUAGCAAAUAUUGCUGUAAGUGUUGCUUGACCUUCGGUACAUAAAUGUGUGCAUGCUUGUAACAAGUGGGAUUUGUAUCUCCCUUGAUAAGUUUAUCUUUAAAUAAGACAACGUAAAAAAUUAGUACAUAAGUAAGCCAUAUGUGAGUGAGAUAUUGUAUAUAUUAUGCAUUACAUUAUACUAUGCAUUGUUAAUUUAAUUGAUGUACCUUUUGAUUGUGGCUAAAUUAAAGUAAGUAUCUGUUAAUUCAAAGUGAUAUUGGAUCUUGCAUGUUAUUGUCAUAUAAACUCUAAUAAAUGUCAUGUCUAAUAUACAUUUAUGACAGUGUUUCUAUAUCAUGUGUCGAUGUGUUAAUAAUAAAUUGAAUGUGAAACUAUGUUUUUGGUAACAGGAUGGAUUUUCCAUACAUACUUUCAGGCAGAAGCUAGAUUAGCCGCUAGAAGACAGGCAAGAGCGGAAGCUAGAGAAAUACGAAUGCGGGAGUUAGAAAGGCAACAAAAAGAAGCGGAGGAAAACGCAGAUAGAGUUUACGACAUGUGUUCAGCCGACGUGAAUAGAACAAUGAGAGUGACUCCCGACUCUGUAAGGACGUCGCGUCUUCUUACGAAUUCUAAUAAUUUCCAAUCCAGUCGGAGAUCUUCGGAAGAUUCAUUGGAGGAUGCUGGCCUAAGCAGAGAUCUCAGGUUAGAAUUGAAAGAAUUCGAGGAAAAGUUUAGGAAGGCGAUGAUAGCCAAUGCUCAGUUAGACAAUGAAAAAUCGUCGUAUGCUUAUCAAGUCGAUUUAUUGAAAGAUAAAUUGGAAGAAUUGGAAGAAAUGGUUGCACAACUUCGUAGGGAGCUUAGAGAGAAGAAUCGGGAAUCCGAACAGUUGAAAAGACUCAGUCAAACAUUGAAAGACGAGUUAGAUGUAUGCCAUGCACAACUAGUAGAAAGAGAUACGCUUAUACAAGAAAACGGUUUAGUUAUUAUCGACGACGAGGGAAGUGAAAAUGAAGAUACCGAAAUUGAAAAUGGCCCGCGCCCAAGGCGAAGAGUACUAGUCAGUGCAGAAGCAGCAGAAUUAUUGCAAAACGCUGGAAAGGGUUCGCUAGAUGUCCGGCUGAGAAAAUUUGCUUCUGAAAAAAAAGAAUUGCAAGAUGAGAUACGACAUCUCAGACUGGAACUAGAGGAGACAAGAAAUCGUAUUAGGUCCGAAAGAUCACCUGGUUCAGUAUUAGGCUGUUUGUCAGACUCCGAAGACGUGCAACGAGAAGCAAACAAGCUUCUGGCCGAUUACAAAUUCAAGCUUCAAAAAGCUGAACAGGACAUGUCCACUUUGCAAGCCACCGUAGCCAGGUUAGAAAGUCAAGUAAUACGUUACAAGUCGGCAGCGGAGGCAUCUGAAAAAGCAGAGGAUGAAUUGAAAGUAGAAAAGAGAAAAUUACAAAGAGAAGUCAGGGAAACUCAAGGUCGGGUAGAAGAAUUGGAAACAGCAAAUUCUCAUUUACAAAGGCGAUUGGAUAAACUUAAAAACGCGAAAUCCGCCCUGUUGAAGGAGCUUUGA